CCUAACAUGAGAGACGUUGUUAAGAGUGAGAUCUUGAAGCUACUUGAUGCGGGUAUCAUAUAUCCGAUUUCAGAUAGUAAAUGGGAUGUUGUCUUUAACUUCGAUGCUGCUUGUGUGAAGGCAUGGGAAGAACUCAAGACUCUCCUCACCUCAGCUCUUAUUGUCCAACCACCCAACUGGGAACUACCGUUCGAACUCAUGUGUGAUGCCUCUGAUUAUGCCGUUGGCGCUGUUUUAGGAGAGCGUGUUGAUAGACUACCAUAUGUGAUAUACUAUGCUAAAUUCGACAUCGAAAUCCGUGAUAAGAAAGGUUGUGAGAAUGUGGUUGCUGAUCACUUGUCCCGAUUAACUAGUGAGUCUAUUGAUGAAUCUGAGCUGAUUAGAGAAUCAUUCCCUGAUGAACAAUUGAUGUCUGUGUCAAACCUUCCUUGGUUUGCCGACAUUGUUAACUACCUUGCUACAGGUAGAAUGCCCUCACAUUGGUCGAGACAAGACCGCUCCAAGUUCUUGGCUGAAGUUAAACAUUUCCUUUGGGACGACCCAUAUUUGUUUAAGUACUGCCGAGACCAAAUCAUUAGGAGAUGUGUACCCGACAUGGAACAUAAAGAUGUGAUAUCUUUCUGUCAUGACCAAGCAUUUGUUGUUGAUUACGUUUCGAAGUGGGUUGAAGCUGUUGCAACCAAGACGAAUGACCACAAGGUGGUACUCUCAUUUCUGAAGGAGAACAUAUUUUCACGUUUUGGUACCCCUAGAGCUAUAAUCAGUGACGGUGGUUCACAUUUAUGUAACAAGUACUUUGAGUCUUUAGUACGCAAGUAUGGCAUAAACCACAAGGUUGCAACUCCGUACCACCCUCAGACAAGC